CCCCGCCGCAGCCGCCGCCGCCGCGCUCGGCCCAGUCGCGCUGAGAGAGGCCGCGCCGAGCGAGCGCCGCCGCCCGCCACCCGCACGACACUGUGACUGAUGAGAGUUAAAGGCCAUGGAUGAAGAUGGGCUUGAAUUGCAGCCACAUGAGCCAAAUGCAUUUUUUGAUCCAACAGGAGCUGAUGCAGCACAUAUGGAUGGAGAUCAGAUUGUUGUGGAAGUACAGGAAACAGUAUUUGUUUCAGAUGUAGUUGACUCAGAUAUAACUGUGCAUAAUUUUGUUCCCGAUGAUCCAGACUCCGUAGUAAUCCAGGAUGUCAUUGAGGAUGUUGUUAUUGAGGAUGUUCAGUGCCCAGAUAUCAUGGAUGAGCCAGACGUAUCUGAAACAGUCAUUAUUCCUGAACAAGUGCUGGACGCAGACGUAGCUGAAGAGGUUUCUUUGGCUCAUUGCACUGUCCCGGAUGAUGUUUUAGCUUCUGACAUAACAGCAGAGACAAUGUCUAUACCAGAACAUGUACUGACAACUGAGUCAAUGCAUGUACCUGAAGUUGGACACGUAGAACAUGUAGUUCAUGAUAAUGUUGAAGAAGCAGAUAUUGUCACUGAUACCCUGGGAACAGAUGUCGUUUCUGAGGAAGUCUUGGUGGCAGACUGUGCAUCAGAGGCAGUGAUCGAUGCCAAUGGAAUCCCUGUGGAACAUCAAGAUGAGAAGGGCAACUGUGAUGAUUACCUUAUGAUUUCCUUGGAUGAUGCUGGUAAGAUAGAACACGAAGGUUCUGCUGAAAUUACCAUGGAAGCAGAGUCAGAAAGUGGCUCUUGUAAAGUGGAUGGCAUUUGUCCAGAAGUCAUCAAGGUCUAUAUAUUCAAAGCAGAUCCUGGAGAAGACGAUUUAGGGGGCACAGUAGACAUUGUGGAGAGCGAGCCAGAGAAUGACCACACAGUUGGAUUGCUCGAUCAAAACAGCAGUAUUCGUAUUCCAAGGGAGAAAAUGGUUUACAUGACUGUAAAUGAUUCUCAGCAUGAAGACGAAGACUUAAAUGUUGCAGAAAUAGCUGAUGAGGUUUAUAUGGAGGUGAUUGUAGGAGAGGAGGAUGCCGCAGCCGCCCAUGAACAGCAAAUCGAUGACACCGAAAUUAAAACUUUCAUGCCUAUAGCUUGGGCAGCAGCUUAUGGUAAUAAUAAUGACGGCAUCGAAAGUCGGAAUGGCACUGCAAGUGCUCUUUUGCACAUAGAUGAGUCAUCUGGACUUGGGAGACUGGCCAAGCAAAAACCAAAGAAGAAGAGGAGACCUGAGUCCAGACAGUAUCAGACAGCAAUAAUCAUUGGCCCCGAUGGUCAUCCGUUGACAGUCUACCCGUGCAUGAUUUGUGGAAAGAAAUUUAAAUCCAGAGGUUUCUUGAAAAGGCACAUGAAAAACCACCCGGAGCACCUUCUUACUAAGAAGAAAUACAGAUGCACAGACUGUGAUUACACUACGAAUAAAAAAAUAAGUUUACAUAACCACUUGGAGAGUCAUAAGCUGACCAACAAAACAGAAAAGCUUAUUGAAUGCGAUGAGUGUGGGAAGACCUUCUCUCAUGCAGGAACUUUAUUUACUCACAAGAUGGUGCACAGGGACAAAGGAGUUAAUAAAAUGCACAAGUGCAAAUUCUGCGAUUAUGAGACAGCAGAACAAGGGUUACUGAGUCACCACCUUUUGGCUGUCCACAGCAAGAACUUUCCUCACAUUUGCGUGGAGUGUGGCAAAGGGUUUCGCCAUCCGUCGGAGCUCAAGAAGCACAUGCGGAUCCACACUGGGGAGAAGCCCUACCAGUGCCAAUAUUGCGAAUACCGAUCUGCCGACUCUUCCAACUUGAAAACCCACGUAAAGACUAAACACAGUAAGGAAACGCCGUUGAAGUGCGAUAUUUGUUUCCAGACUUUUUCAGAUACCAAAGAGCUACAGCAGCAUACGCUUAUGCAUCAAGAAAGUAAAACACAUCAGUGUUUGCAUUGUGACCAUAAGAGCUCAAACUCGAGUGAUCUGAAACGACACAUUAUUUCAGUCCACACAAAAGACUAUCCUCAUAAGUGUGAUAUGUGUGAUAAAGGCUUUCACAGGCCUUCGGAACUGAAAAAACACGUGGCGGCUCACAAAGGUAAAAAAUUGCACCAAUGCAGACAUUGUGACUUUAAAAUUGCAGAUCCCUUCAUUCUGAGUCGCCACAUACUCUCAGUUCACACAAAGGAUCUUCCAUUCAGGUGCAAGAGAUGUAGGAAGGGCUUUAGGCAACAAAACGAGCUGAAAAAACACAUGAAAACACACAGUGGCAGGAAAGUUUAUCAGUGUGAGUACUGUGAGUAUAGCACUACAGACGCCUCAGGCUUCAAACGGCACGUGAUUUCCAUUCACACAAAAGACUACCCUCACCGGUGUGAGUAUUGCAAGAAAGGUUUCCGAAGGCCUUCAGAGAAGAACCAGCACAUUAUGCGACAUCAUAAAGAUGUUGGGCUGCCUUAAAGUCUCUUUCACAGACUUAUGGCUGGAAUUAUAAAGGAAAUUUGCCUUUCAGGCAGUUAGCUUAUUUUAAAGCCAAUCACCUGCGAUCACACACACACACACACAGAAAAAAAAAAAACAACAAAAAAAAUACUGUGCAUUUGAUUUGUUGCUGUAUAAAAAUAGGAUUAUUGCUUGUAGUUGACUUUUAUACCUUUUGUUCAAUAGCGUGUUCUGAAUUCUAUUCAGUUUGUUUAAUAAAUGAAGAAAAGAUGGCAACAAUAAAGUUGCAUUUAAUAAAGUAAA